UCCCCACGUUACUAGCAGUAUGGCAGCCCCCGUGAGCACUGUGGGUAAACCCUCAACUGAGCGGUCGCCGUUCAAUACUACGAGUUUUCAGAAGAAAACGAGGACCAAGUUAAUCUCCAUACCUGGUACCAGACCAUCGGUUCAGAAUGGACAACUCUUAGUGUCGACCGGUGUCACGUCGCUCGACUAUCUGCUCGGUGGCGGGUUAGCAGUUGGAACAGUACUUCUCAUAGAGGAGGACCGAUAUGAUAGCUACUCUCGUAUGAUCUUGAAGUACUUCCUGGCAGAAGGAGUGGUGUGUCGACAUGAACUUUUUGUGGCGGCGGCUCAAGAUAACCCAGAUGACAUCUUACAGGAACUUCCUGCUCCCAUCUUGGACGAUGUUGCUAUCCACAAACCAGUGGAACAGCCCAGGCUGUCUUGUGAACCUCAAGACAGUUUGGAUGCCAUGAAGAUAGCCUGGCGCUAUCAGAAUCUUCCAAAAGUACAGAGUGCCUUGGCAUCCUCAUCCCGGUUUGGGCACUACUAUGAUGUCUCCAAGACGAUGGAGCCAGAAAUUCGCCAGGCAGCCAAGUGCCACUGCUUUUACCUUCCAGAACAUCCCACCCAGUCAUCACCCACACACAGUACCAUGCUUGAGUCCUACUCUGCGCUGCUGAAGUCACUUCAAGAGGUUAUAAACAGGGAGGGCUUUGAUGUCGCAGCCCCCAUGACAAAGUCGCGUAACAUCCUGCGAAUUGGGCUUCACUCUCUUGGCUCGGCUCUGUGGGGUGAUGACCUGAGUUGCCACGACAACCCUAGAAAUGGCCACGCCCUCACUACCUUUCUCUAUGGACUGCGUGCUUUGCUGAGGUCAUCGCUAUCAGUUGCAGUAGUUACUGUGCCUUCACAUCUCAUCCAAGACAGAGCUCUAAUGGGCAGCAUAACCAGGCUAUGUGACAAUGCCAUAGCCCUGGAAUCAUUCAAAGGCUCUGAGAGAGAGACCAACCCACUCUACAAAGAUUACCAUGGUCUGCUGCAUGUACGUCAAGUUCCUCACCUAAACUGUCUGGCGAGUAAACUCCCCGACCACAAAGACCUGGCCUUUAAGCUCAAAAGAAAACAGUUCACUAUUGAGAGACUGCAUUUGCCUCCAGACUUGUCUGAGACGGUGAGUCGUGUGAGCAGGGGAGAGCUGGCAGGAGCGGCCACGGUGGCUUCAGCCUGUGGCUCUGGAAGUUCCGGCAAAAAACACCUGGACUUCUAGAGCUCCCACACAGUCGCCAAGGGCAACCAACACCUGAAACGCUGCGGCGUUGUCCUCUUUACCAUGGUGACCAGGUUGUUCCCUCGCCCACGUAAUGUCAACCUCAAUAACCCUGCAAGCCAUUACCACCUGCCAACUGUCCCAGCCAGGGGUGAAGAUCUAAACAUCAACUAUAUUUCAAGUUUUUUUAAUAUAAACAUACAGUACACUCACAAAUUGACAUUUGCACGUGCCAUUCUGCUAUGAGAAGUUCAUGUAACUUAUAUGUGUGGCCAAGGUUGAAUACCUACAGUUUUCUUUUUUUCACUGUAAGUUGCAAAAAUGUGAGCCAUUUAUGAAGGUUUAUAUGAUUGGCAGGGUGAACAGUACGUAACCCAAUUCAAAUGCAAGAUGACGGGAUUAUUCAAAGGUGUAGUCAGAACAUUAGUAUAGCAGCAAUCAACUAUUUACAAUGUAAAGAUAUGGUGGAGCAAAUAACGAAGUCACACUCCCUCUGUGUUUGUUGUGAUCCAAACUCUGUGCUUUGUUUACGUAGACGGGCCGCCCACUCGUGCAUUGUAGUGCACGUGAUUCUCUCUGUGGUGCCCAGCUGGCUAGCUAAUGGCCGCCGCUCUUCACUGCGCUCAUACAGCGGUUACCGCGCUGUUAGCUGCUAGCCGCUGACUCAGCCAUCUUGAUGUUUAGAGCCUGUGGACGCAAUAGAAAUGCUAAAAACGUUGUACAUUUUGUUUAUUUUUUGUUGUGCUCGGUCUCUGGGGAUUUCACUUACAACUAAAGUGUCAUUAUGAAAUAUUUUUUAGUCUACACAGACUCUCACUCUUGGCAAACAUUAAAUAAUUGAACUGCCUUGUCCCUCGCUUUGAGCGUACUGUACAACCAAAGUGGCCACUCCUGACUAGCUCCUCUAUGUACAAUAGUAUUCUUUUUCUUGGAAAAUGUAAUAAAAUGUGCUUUUCUUUAGUUAAAUAAAAGCAAAUAAAUACACAA